UGCACUGUGUGUGUACUCGAAUGAAAUGUCAUAAUUGAGAAAUGACGAUCGUUCGACUGUGUGUAUCGAAACUAUAAAUUUAAUCAUAAUUGCGUUAUUCCAACAUGAGUGACGUGGAAAAUAUAUACUGUCGGCUUUGCGCCGAGUUAAAACCCAACAAUAAACUAAUAGAUCUAAAAACUGAUGAUGAAAAAUCACAAGAAAUAGUCACCAAAUUAACUCGACUACAUAUAGAGUUAAAUGAAAAUAUGUUCCCAAAAACGGUAUGUUUGAUGUGUGUUACCUCAUUACAGAGCGCUUACGAGUUCGUUACGACUGUAGAACAAGCUCAAACAGUUCUCAACGACUUGAUACUAGUUCGGCAGAUUAAAAAGGAGAAAAAUGUUUCGGACGACGAAAAUGAUGUUACCGAAGUCCCUGACGAUACUUGUCAAGAUUAUUUAGUUGUUAAAGUUGAAUCUAAGCCCGCUGAACCGAAGCCCACUGAAAGUAGUUCGAAACCAGUUGAAAAAGGUCCGAAAAAGGGUCCACAGGUUUACAGAAAGCGAAAUCUUAGUCCCACAAUAGAACCGGUACCAGUUAACGACGUUAAACUGUCAUGGAAGGACUACAGUUGGAUGUGUUCAUACUGCGACACUCUGUUUCCCAAUGUUGAUGAGUUAAAAACACAUUCUAUGGAGUUCCAUAACGCUUGCAAUGCAUUCCGAUGUACGGACUGCAGACGAAGGAAGUUGAGGCUUGAUAGCUUCUUGAUUCAUGUUUGCAGACACCGAAAACACCUGAAAUUCUCCUGCUAUAAAUGUCCCAUGAAGUUUGCAACUGUAAAAGUUGGAAAUUAUCAUAGAACGAAGCAUAUAAAUUCUAAUUACGUUUGUCUGGGAUGCAACACAAAUUUCACAACGAAGAAGGAUUUGAAUAGUCACGCAAGUAAAUAUUACAAAGAGACACGAGUAAGAAAAUUACCAGAUAUACCGCAAGAUGAUACUUUAACAUGCGUAAUAUGCCACAAGACAUGUAGAAACCGAGGCAGCUUAAAUGUGCAUCUACUAACACAUACAGACAGAAAAAAGAACCAUACCUGUGAAGUAUGCGGUAAAUGUUUCUUUCAAAAGGGCAGUUUGGCGGAACAUAUGCUUCAACACACAAAUGAAAGACCGUUUCCCUGUGAAAUAUGCAAGUUUUCCUUCAAAACAUCGAGGCAGCUACGAAGGCAUGUGGGAGUGCAUGAUGGGAUAAAACCUUUUGCAUGUGACCAAUGCGGUAGAUGCUUCAGAUUAAAAAAGCAAUUACUAUCCCACAGUAUAAUCCAUACGGAUUCCUUUCCACAUGUCUGCUCAUACUGCAACAAAGGUUUUCGUUUCAAAACCAUUCUCAACCAACAUCUGCGUCAACACACCGGUGUUAAACCUUACAACUGCAGUAUCUGUCAACGGGACUUUACGAAUUGGCCGAACUUCAAUAAGCACAUGAAACGAAGGCAUGGUACGGACAUGGCAAAGAAGAAACACACACCAGAGGGAACGUUUCCUAUAAAUUCUGCUGGUGAUGUUAUAUACCCUGCAGGAGAUUGUCUAGAUUGGAGAAAGAAAAUUAUGAUGGCUACGCAAAAAGAGAAACCAAAAGUUGAUGAUAAGAUUGAAACCGUAAUGCAGAGAGAGUUGGUACCUACUGGUGAAGUCAGUAACAAUUGAAUAAAAUUAUUUAAAAAAAGAUCGAAGAGUACAGUCUAUGGUAUAAAUAUUCCAAGUCGAAAAAAAAAAUAUUGUAAAUAAAAAUUAACAAUCAUAGACUAGAUGUUUAAAGUUUUAAAUUUUAACUAUUGGUGUUGUUAAAUCCUAUUCUGGAAUAGUAUUAGAUAUUAUGUGUUGUGAAAACUAUUGAAUAUAAAAUAGAGCAAUAUUAGGAAUUUGUCAACGAUGUGGAAAGCCAUAAGAGGCACCAAACGUAGGAUAAGAAAUAAAACAGUAAUAUUAUAAAUGUUAGUAGUUUGUAAACAGAUUUAACCUAACCUUAAUGUAAAUCAAUCUUAUUGGAAUCUAACAAUGAAUGAUUCUUUUAUUCUUGUCUAUUUUAGUCAGCAACAAAUUUUUCACAUACCAAGAUUGUAUCAAAUAUAACUUAAAAAAUACAAAUCCAGAAAAAAAGCUAUCAUAGUUGUGCUUAUUAGAGGCCCUACCUCUACAAAUUGCUGAUGAGAGCAGUAGUAAUUAUUGUUCUCACAAAAGGGCCUGCCUCUUGAAAUAAAACCAUUUCAGUUGUUUUAGCAGGACGCCACUCUUCGCCAAGUUGGACGUUGCCUUGAUUUCACAAUUGUCUUAUUUGCUAUGGUAGUCCCAAUUGACGUCCCCUGGUACCCGAAAAAGAAAGUAAAGUUUGUUAAUAUGCUUGAAGCAGUAUUAAAUAUAGGUAUUAUAGAAAAAAUAAUCACAGAAUUCUGUGCGAGAUGAAUAAAACUAAAGAGUUAGAUGUUUAUGUGAACGCACAUGCUACUAGCGCCUCUAGUGGAAAUGUCUUAAACUAACGAAACUCAACCUUUUUCAAUGGCCUCGAACGCAUUUGGAUCAUACCGUGAUUUUAUCGAGCCUCCUAAGUAUUUUUUUUUUGGGAGUCAUAAUAAAAACACAAGUAGCGCUAUAUUCAAUAAGUUUCCAAUAAAAAAAGCUAAGUAAGUCCUUAUCUUUAGGCCCCCUUUAAUAGUUAUAUUGAUAAAAACCAUGCAUUCUGAAACAAAAUAUUCGAUAAUUCAGCAUAAUUAAAAACUUAUAUUGUUGGAAGUUACACCGAGAAAUUAUGUAAAUAAUAAAUAUUAUGAUUGUUAUUAAGUAGAUAAGUGAAUUUAAAUCGGCGAUAAUGAUCAAUCUUUUUCGUUACAAUAAUUGAAUAUUGCAAUAUUUUUUUUAAUUAAUUAAAAGAAGAAGCGAACUAUUUUUGUACUUAUGUGCACAGACCUAAGUUUAUAUAGACAGUAUCGUUACCCAGGUAUUUAAUAAAUCAGCUUGUAUAUUCUUUUUGUCUUGCAAAUGAAUUUUAAUCUUUUAGAUACUCGCAUUGGUUGAGGUGCCUACUUAUAAAAAGGUGAACAAUCAUAGUAUAUUUUUGUCCAAAUAUCCCUUAAGUAAUAAAAUGCUUCUAAAAAACAACGAUAAAGAUGACAAAAUCAAAAAUACCACUGAAAUAUAUCAGACGUUUAUUUAUUUAAAAUCCGUUUACAUCAAAAGACAUAUUGUUUACCUUAUUGUUUCAAGUACAUAGCGCAAUGGAGUAGGUAUUGGUACUUCUAAUCUUGUCUUUCUUUUGUUGUUUGUGCCUGUAAAUAAUUAAAAAAAAAACAAUUUCUGGGUUCAUCCGCGCCAAUAAUUUGUGUAUUUAUAUAAAUAAAUAAAUGUAUGUGUUUAUGAAAAGUUAUUAAGUUACUACCUAUAUUAUUAUUAAUUAAGUAUUCGAAGGCAAUAAGUGUUAUUUAGUUAAUUAAUGGAUGAUUAAACUCUGUUUUAAAUUAACUUAAUUAAUUAAAGGUAUGUUAAAAUAUGGUGUGA